CAGGGAGGCGCAAACCCAGUAAUUUCUUGUGGGGGACCAUCAUCAGCCAUCGAAGUCAAAGUCUUUUCGUUCAGUUCAGAAUUAUUCGUAGUUCGUAGUCUCUCGUCGUACGAGUUUGAGUUGGCGUGUGCGCGUUCAAAACCGGAAGCCCAACACCAGACAAUCGACAAAUCGCUAUCGAACUAGACAUCUAGUAAGCCGGGUGUGCAAAAAGUGCCGAAGGAUUUUUUUUAUACGAAAUACUUGCCGGUUUUUGAGUGGAUUAAGUAUAUAUUUUGGUCCAGUUCUUCUGAAGAAUUCUGCAUAACCAAAAAUGAACGGAGUCGAACACCACACCAACGGAGAGCUGAACGGUUGCGGUGAUAUAAUCACACAAAAUCAACAAAAAGGAUGUUGGACUAUCGGUUUGAUCAACUCCAAAUUUCGUUAUUUAACAGCAGAGUCGUUUGGAUUCAAAAUCAACGGCAACGGUACCUCAUUAAAGAAGAAACAAAUAUGGACUCUGGAACCUGAUACCACAGGAACUGGAGAUAGUCUAAUCUAUUUAAGGUCACAUCUAGGCAAAUACCUAGCCGUGGAUUCUUUCGGAAACGUCACGUGCGAGAGUGAAGAAAAAGAUCCCGGUUGCAAAUUUCAAAUCAGCGUGGCCGAAGACGGUACUGGCAGAUGGGCAUUACGAAACGUUGUCAGAGGCUACUUUUUGGGAUCGUCCGCGGACAAACUAACCUGUACGGCGAAAGUGCCUAGCGACGCCGAAUUUUGGAACGUCCAUUUAGCCGCCAGACCCCAAAUGAAUCUCAGAUCGGUGGGUAGAAAACGUUUCGCCCACUUAUCGGAGAACCUGGACGAAAUCUACGUAGACGCCAACGUUCCCUGGGGAGAAGACACUCUGUUCACGUUAGAAUUCAGGUUAGACGAGUCCGGAAAAUACGCAAUCCAUACGUGCAAUAAUAAAUAUCUUUCAAUGAAUGGAAAAUUAGUGGAUACCUGCUCUAAAGACUGUCUAUUCACAGCCGAAUACCACAGUGGUCAGCUAGCUCUUAGGGAUCGUAACGGACAGUACUUGAGCCCUAUUGGUUCUAAGGCUGUUUUGAAAACUCGUUCUAACACAGUCACUAAAGAUGAGCUGUUCUCGCUCGAAGAUUCGCUGCCGCAAGCCAGUUUUGUAGCAGCCUUGAACGCUAGAUUCGUGUCGGUCAAACAAGGUGUUGACGUAACUGCCAACCAGGAAGAGAUUUCUGAUCACGAAACCUUCCAAUUAGAAUUCGACUGGAACACGAAGAGAUGGUACAUCCGUACUAUGCAAGACAGGUACUGGACGUUGGAAACUGGAGGUGGCAUUCAAGCCUGCGGUGAUAAAAAAUCAUCCAACGCUCUGUUCGACCUGUCCUGGCAAAACGACGGAUCCGUAGCCUUUAGAGCCAAUAACGGUCGUUACGUCAUCACCAAACGUUCCGGCCACUUAUACGCUACCUCUGAGAACGUAGACGAUACUUGCAAAUACUUCUUCUACCUCGUCAAUAGACCUAUCUUGGUGCUGAAAUGCGAACAAGGCUUCGUGGGUUACAAGUCUUCUACCAAUCCCAAAUUGGAAUGCAACAAGGCCACAUACGAGACCAUCCAAGUCGAAAGGGGAGAGAAAGGAAUUGUAUAUUUUAAAAAUCACAACGGAAAAUACUGGCACGCAGACAGCGAGGCCGUCGCCGCAGAAUCCGAUACGCCCGAAGGAUUUUAUCUCGAACUCAGAGAACCAACGCGCCUAUGCAUCAAAACCACAAACGGAAAUUACUUGACGGCGAAUAAAAAUGGCGGCUUCCGUAUAGGCGAAAGUAAUAUCGAAAGCGCCACCCAGUGGGAAUAUUAAGCAACUCGCGAUGAUGCAAUAUUUAUGUUAUUUAUAGAGGCUCGGUCGAAAUUUCGAUGAAAGAAUGUUUUCAAUUUUUUUAAGUAAGUUUUGAUGUUCAAAAAUCGGUGUUUAAAAACCAUUCCAGUAGUCUCUAGAUUGCCCUUAAGGCAUAGACCACUAAACAAGUGUGGAAGAUUAUUUUAGGUUAGUUUAGACAAUGACCUUCUAUGAUUAGACUAGAAAUUCGAGACUGACGUUUUGAUAAUAACAUAUAAAUGUACAACCUACAAAUUAUAUUAGUAAAUUUGCUGUUUAACAGUAUUUAAUUUAAAAUUAAAUAAGCAGAACUAAAAAAAUAUUAAUUCAAUAUUGACUCACUUUCCCUUGUUUAUUUGUUCGUCUAGUUAUAGAAGGUCGUUGUUACUUUGUGAUUUGUCAAAUUUGAACUUUUUCUUUUAUCGAUAUUUCGAAGAAAACUGUUAUAUUUUCGAUUUAUUUUUGAUUUUUGUGCACGUUAUUUUCUAAAGUUCUAUUUAUUUAAUGUAGUUGAUAGUUUUUAAUACAUAAUGUUUACAAUUAAGUAUUUAAUGUGAUGUAUAUCAAAAAAAAUUACUUUAUAAGUAAGAAUACCCCAGAGUAACACUAGCCAAAAAAAGUUGUAACUGCCAAGAUUCCAUGGCCUUCAUUUUUUUACCAAAAUCAUUGUAGUAAUUAUUGUAUAUACUCAUAGGAAGCCUUUUUAUUUUCGAAUACACAUAGUGAAUGAUUAAAAAGUGUACUUUAAACUUUACUGAUGUGUAAUAUACUUUGUGUAUUCUAUGUAUUUAUAAGUAUAGAUAUUUUUACAGAAGGUUUUCCAGCACUGUUACGUUUUUUUUAUGAUUCCGUCCUUCACAAUUUAUAAUACAAAUAUUUUCUCUUCUAACAUUGAAAUCUAGAAUUACUACAUAUCUUAUAGUACAUCUAAGAACCCUAACUUGUAGUGCUACAUAGUUCUCAACGUAGAAAUAAAUAAAAUUCCAAAAUUAAAGACCAUUAAAAUAUAAAUUUUAGAACAAAUUUUGAAUUUCUGUCAAUGUCAAUCUAAAUAUAUUAUUUUUGGAUUAGUUUAUAAAAUUUGUAGAAACAAUUGCAUUACCUACUCAAAAAAAAUGUAGCUCUUAAAUGUAGGCUAAAACGGCAACACCGCAUUGGUCACUUGUCAGCAUUUGAAGUAAAGGAUGUUAGAAAGAAAACUUUUGGUUUUGUAUCUAAUGAAGGAUGUAUGAAACGUUUUCCUGGACAUAAAUCUUGUCUAAAUACCAGUUGAUGCAUUUAUUACAUAAAGUUAGCCGCUCAAAGUUGAAAUAUACCGAUUAUUUUUUACAUAUCCUUAGGUGUUAAGGCUUUUUGCAAUUUUUUAUAGUCUUGUUGUAUUUUCAUAGCUUUUUUCUAGCGAUAUAUAAAUGCGGGUUGAGCCCUUGAUAAUUUUUUGUAUGAUGAAUGUAUAAUCUUUUUGAAAUAAAUAA